UUUUCAUUUUAAAUCCCGUGAUUCCCUGCUUCGCAUCAUAUUUCCGUUCUCUGUUUUGCGUCCACGAAAAUGGAGUCGUCUCCGAUCAGCCGUCUCCCCGAAGACACUCUCCACCAGAUCUUCUCUUCCCUCUCGCUUCGCGAAAUUAUGAUCUGCCGCUCCGUUUGCAAGCUCUUUAACCAAACCCUGACCUCACCGUCUUUUGUGCACCUCAUCUCCAGCCGAUCCCAUCUCAACCUCCUCGGUCUCCGUCCCCCGCACCACCACCAUAAUCAUCACAUCCUCCACUCGUCAAUCCAUUCCUGUAUCCACGUCUACGAUUCCGAUCAGAACCAAUGGUUUCGAUUCAGCCUCGAUUUUCUUCCCUUCAGAUCUCCUCACCCCGUCGCGUCUUCGAUCGGUCUGGUUUACCUCUGGGUUGAUUCACCCGACUCCAACAAGUCGCUCAUCGUGUGUAACCCCUUGACUCGUAAAUACAGAGUCCUCCCUCGGCUCGGCUCGGCUUGGUCACGCCAUGGCUCGGUGCUAGUUGACUCAAGGAACCGAGUCGUAGUCUUAACUGAACUCGCUGCUCUUUACUUCUCUUUUUCUCAGAAAACCCAGCAAUGGCUCAAAUUCUCGUCGAAUUUGCCUUCGAAACCUAGAAGCCCCAUCGUGAUUUCCAACUCCGUUUUCGCCCUAUGCGAUGUCGGAUCGCCGUGGAGAAGUAAGAGGAAAUUAUUCUAUUGCGCUGUCAAAAACUUGUUAAAUUUAAAUUUAAGUGUGAUGAACAAUAACUGGGAAUGUUUAGAAAGGCAUGAAUGGGGGGAUAUUUUUGAUAUAAUGAAAAGACCGUGUUUAGUACCUGGAAACGGGAACAAGAUCUUGAUGAUUGGCGGUUUAAAAUCGAGUUAUUCCUUUAACCAAUCUGGUUUGACGAUUUUGAUAUUGAGAUUGGAUCUGGAAACAAUGGAGUGGGAAGAGGCAACGAGGAUGCCGGAGGCGAUGCACCAGUUGUUUCAUGAUAGUAAAUUUAAGGUGUUUGGAGGAGGGAAUAGGGUUUGCUUUUCCGGGAAGAAAGUUGGGAGGCUGGCUCUCUGGGAUUGCUGCAACUGGCGGUGGAUUGAUGGGGUGCCCGGAAAUGGUGAUGAGCUUUUCCGGGGAUUUACCUAUGAAGCUCGGCUUACUACAGUUCCUUAAAUUGAUGCUCAGAAUGUUCUUACAUUGUUUACCAGGACGACUUUGAAUCAUUGUUGUAUUUCGUUUGAAUCACUGUGAAUGGCAGUGGAUUGAGAGGGUGCCUCAUGUCAUGCCUGGAAACGGGGUCAAGCUUUUCUGAGGAAUUACUGUUUGAGCUCGGCUACUGUGGUUCCUUAAAUGUGCACGGAUUAGGGAUGGGUGGCAGUGGGAAGUAAGAAUUAAAAUAGUUGACCUUAGUCAAAGUAAUGGUAGAAAGGAAAUAUUUUGAAGUUUCUAACAACCCUCUACUCUUACUCUUCUCUCUGUAUUCCAUCUUCUUAUCUUCUUUUUUUCCUUCUCUAU